UUUGAUGAUUUUCCCCUGGCAAAAAAGGGAUUCUAACAAUAUUGACCAACCAAAUAUGUCCCUUUAACUGUGGGAGAGCCAUGCUUCGGCACGAAUGGGUCGACUCGACCAGAGUGAGACCACGGCCUCACAGAAAACCGGCGUAAAAAAAAAGCCCAGCUUGGUGUAUCAAAUUGCGUGUGACGUUGCCGGAGACCCAAUCAUUUCCCUUUCAUCCCUAAUCCCCAAAUUCCAAAUCUCAAAUCCUUUACAACCUACAAAAGGCCAACAAUGCACUUGUAACUCCUUUGGUGUUGUGGAUGUGUGUGGCUAAUUACUAAGCGUCGGGAUUAGUCUCUGCUCGUUUGCCGACCAAAU